GAAUUUGUAAGUUGCCGGAUCGAUCGAAAACCAUCGAAAACGCCUGCUACUGGGCUUAUUUCUUAUCGGAUAAGCAAGGGUACUCGUGCCCAUGGAAGAGUGACAUACGGACUGGUUGACAGGAGAAUGUCAAUAUGAUUGGCGGGUUGUUCAUUUACAACCACAAGGGAGAAGUCCUUAUUUCCCGCGUGUAUAGGGAUGAUAUUGGACGCAAUGCUGUGGAUGCGUUCAGAGUCAAUGUCAUUCAUGCCAGACAACAGGUGCGGUCACCUGUGACCAACAUUGCCCGAACCAGCUUCUUUCAUAUUAAAAGAUCUAACAUCUGGUUGGCAGCAGUCACCAAACAGAAUGUCAAUGCUGCCAUGGUCUUCGAAUUUCUUCUCAAAAUGGUGGAGGUCAUGCAAUCCUAUUUUGGGAAAAUUUCAGAAGAAAACAUCAAAAACAAUUUUGUGUUGAUCUAUGAAAUUUUAGAUGAAAUUUUGGACUUUGGAUACCCACAAAAUACAGAUACUGGUAUUUUGAAGACGUUCAUAACACAACAGGGAGUCAAAUCACAGAGUAAGGAGGAGACCAGCCAAAUUACAUCACAAGUAACGGGACAGAUUGGAUGGAGACGUGAGGGAAUUAAGUACCGGCGUAAUGAACUGUUCCUAGAUGUUUUGGAGUCAGUCAACCUCCUCAUGUCACCUCAAGGUCAGGUGUUGAGUGCCCACGUGGCUGGGAGGAUUGUGAUGAAGAGCUACUUAAGUGGGAUGCCCGAGUGUAAGUUUGGCAUCAAUGAUAAAGUCCUGAUGGAAAGUAAAGGGAAAAGCAGUAUAGAUGAGCCCACUCCACGCACUGUUGGUGGGACAACCUCUGGGAAGAGUUCCAUUGCCAUUGAUGACUGUCAGUUCCACCAGUGUGUCAAGCUGAGUAAGUUUGAGACGGAACACAGCAUUAGCUUCAUUCCUCCGGAUGGCGAGUUUGAAUUGAUGAGGUACCGGACCACCAAGGACAUCAGUCUUCCCUUCCGUGUCAUUCCAUUAGUCAGGGAAGUAGGACGACAGAAGAUGGAGGUUAAAGUCGUUGUCAAAUCUAACUUUAAACCUUCACUCCUUGCUCAGAAGAUUGAGGUACGCAUUCCAACUCCUCUCAACACUAGUGGUGUUCAGGUGAUCUGUAUGAAGGGCCGAGCUAAGUACAAGGCCAGUGAGAAUGCUAUUGUGUGGAAGAUCAAGAGGAUGGGUGGAAUGAAGGAGUGUCAGCUGAGUGCCGAGAUAGAAUUACUUACUACUAGCGACAAAAAGAAGUGGACCAGGCCACCAAUCUCAAUGAAUUUUGAGGUACCCUUUGCACCAUCUGGAUUCAAGGUUAGGUAUUUGAAGGUGUUUGAACCCAAACUAAAUUAUAGUGAUCAUGAUGUCAUCAAGUGGGUCCGAUAUAUUGGCAGGAGUGGACUGUAUGAAACAAGAUGCUGAUCACACUGAAAUUAUAGGAAGGAAUGAAACAUCUCAUGAGGACAAGGAGUUUCCAUAGUUCUUAGACCAUUAAAACCUGGCAAUUUCUGUAUGUUAGCAUGGCCAAAUCUGUCCUUUUUUACAUCUGGGUUAAAUGAAAGCACAUUCAGAAUUUACUGUAUCGUUUGGUUGAAAUUGUUUCAAAAUGAAUACAAAAUAUCACCUUGUGCAAUCUAUAUGUAAAUUGAAAGUAGAACAAAUGAGAUUUUUUUGUGCAAGAUGUGUUGAUAUUGUUUAUCACCUGGUGUAAAUAGAUUGAGUAACAGACAUAGGAUAGUUUCCAGCUUCAUGUGUCUUACUGUUGUGUAUGACAGUUGUUAGAAUACUCUAAUGUUGUAGCUUAAUAUAUCGGGGAUUGUAUAACAGUGUAUGUAUCAUAGCAGAAUAUGGUAGUUUCAUUUUAAUCAUCAAAAUCCGGAGACGGGCAUGAAAGUACAAGUAUAUAUCUGUACAUGUUAUAGAUGAAGGAUAUUACUAAUUACAAUUUGACUACAAGAAUGUAAUCGAUCAUUCUAGUCUGUGAUUUUCAUUAUGUGGUAGUGAAUAUGUCUGAUGAAAUUGUCCAUUGUCUAUGCCCCAAUUUCAUUCCACGUUAAAUGCUUAAAAAUCAAUAUGUCAACCCUUCCUAUUACAUGGUAUAUAGCCUUACUCUUUUGAACAGGAAUAUUUAUUAUGUGCUAAAUGUGCAAAGUGCUACUUUAUAUAAAUUUGUUUUCCAUCAGGGAUUGUAUUGUAAUCUCAGAAUGGUUAGAAAAUCAUGUGAUCACCUCUAAUUUCCAUAUUGGCUGCAGGUCAAAGGUCACAAAUAUUAUCUCAGCACCAGCUGCUGAUCAUGUGAUUAGCUAGUAAACAGCUUUUUCAAGUAAGGUGUUUCCUUGGGUGUUAGGCUGCUUGAAUACAUUUCAUUAUUGUUGGACCUAGUGAUUUCAUUUUAUUUUCUGACAAGUGUUGACUUCUCAAAUCUGUCAGGAUUAAAUACACAUGAAAAGCGAUGAAUUAGUUGUCUGCAUACGACCUUGUAAUUUUGUCCAUUGUCACAUUUCGUAGAAGUGAUUGUAACAUGGUCAUUAUCUUUUUGAAUAUGUAAUCAGAGACAAGCUAAUUUCAGGGGAUAUUUUGUCUUUAAAGUGCAUAUAUGUGGAAUUUGUAUAUCUAAAAGCAGUUUAUGAUUUGUAGGAAUUAAGUUGUGAACUGUGUUUGGGUGAUCAGAUUUGUUUCAUAUUGUAUUCCUACGUGUAAUGGUUGUGUAAUGUUUAAUGAUGAGAUGGAAGAGUAAGGUGGUGUUCCGUAUUAUCACUGUAGAUUAUAUUCUGUGAAAUUAAUUUUAACAAGUCGGGUAGUAAAAUAAGUCUGCAGAAUCAAAUUAUAUAUACAAGUCAAUAAACUAUGGUAUGUAUUUACUCUGAUUUUUAGGUCUACGGAAGAAAAUUGUAAAAUGCAAACAUAUGGAACAAGAUAUCACAUGAGAAUAUCAUGUAUAUUGAAAAACAGAACAUAUACAAUAGAACAUGCGUAGUUAGAUAUUGAUUGAACUGUGUAAUCGAUUGCCAUUCCUGUGUUCCAUCUUCUAGAAUAAAACCAGUCAUUCAGUAGUGGUGUUUACAUUAAAAACACAGCAGUAUGUUUUACUGUCAUAUAAUCAUUUGAUAUGUCAUGAUUAUCAUUGACACAUUCUGUAUAUGUAUGUAUACAUAGUAUAUAACAAUAAACACUCCAUGUCCCAA